CUGUCGUUUCUUGAUGACGUAGUUUGUAGGCGGCGAAUUCUGUCUAUUGUGUUUAUCUUGAGCUUUACAUAGUUGUGUCGUGAAUGGAUACAGCUUUAUCGUUUAAGAUUAUUACACCUCUCUCGGACAUGGACUGGAACACAUCUUAAAGAUUAGUCAGCUUUGUCCGAAAAUGCGAAAAUGAACAAAGGGUGGCUCGAGCUCGAGAGUGAUCCAGGACUCUUCACUCUGCUGGUUGAAGAUUUUGGUAUCAAAGGUGUUCAAGUAGAGGAAAUCUAUGAUCUUCAAAGCAAAUGUCAAAGCCCUGUCUAUGGCUUCAUCUUCUUGUUCAAGUGGAUUGAGGAACGUCGAUCCAGGAGGAAAGUCAACACUUUGGUGGAUGAGACUUCUGUCAUUGACGAGGAAAUUGUAAAUGAUAUGUUCUUUGCUCAUCAGCUUAUACCAAAUUCAUGUGCCACCCACGCUUUAUUGAGUGUGCUUCUGAACUGCAGUGGCGUUGAGCUCGGCACCACCCUUAGUCGCAUGAAGGCUUUCACAAAAGGCUUUAGUCCAGAGAGUAAAGGUUACGCAAUAGGAAAUGCCCCAGAGCUUGCCAGAGCACAUAACAGCCACGCCAGACCGGAGCCCAGGCACCUGCCGGAGAAACAGAAUGGGAUAAGUGCAGUGCGAACUAUGGAGGCAUUCCACUUUGUGAGCUAUGUGCCCAUCAAAGACCGCCUCUUUGAGCUCGAUGGACUCAAGGCGUACCCCAUUGAUCACGGGCCAUGGGGUGAGGAGGAGGAAUGGACCGAUAAAGCUCGGCGGGUUAUCAUGGAGAGGAUUGGCCUGGCCACUGCUGGGGAGCCGUACCAUGACAUUCGCUUCAACCUCAUGGCAGUGGUGCCUGACCGCAGGAUGAAGUAUGAGUCCAAACUUGAAAUUCUAAAGAGGAAUCGACAGACUGUUCUGGAGGGUCUACAGAAGAUGAUCCGGCUCACUCAGCCCGAGCUUGUCCAAGACAAGAAGCAGCAGGAGUCUUCCUCCGUUGAUGAUAACCCCACUGCGAUCAAGAAAGAGGCAGAUGUGGAGCCAGUUACAUCCCAGGGGGCUAAUUCAGUGGAUGAGUCUGGAGAUCAGUCUAAAGAUGCCCCUAGCCCUUCAGGGAACGCUAAGAUCAUGGGCAAACCACCAGUCCCUAGAGGAGGAGGUCCCCAGCAAGUCACCAGUCCCAACCCCAUUGUUCAGCGGCUGCCUGCCUUCCUGGACAACCACAACUAUGCCAAGUCUCCAAUGCAGGAAGAGGAGGAUCUUGCUGCAGGAGUUGGACGCUCUCGAGUGGCAGUGACGCCAAAACCCCAAUCCUCCGAUGAUGAAGAUGAUUAUGAGGAUGAGGAGGAGGAAGUAACUGGUUCUGCAGGCACAUCCAACAGGUUUAGACGGAAGGCAGGUCUGCGAUCACGACCAGUACGGACAGGGACUGGAAUGGAGAGCCAGAUUGCCCUCACUGUAUUGGCUGAGAAACUGAAGAAGGAAGCCCAAAGGAAAGAUGCCCUAAAUACACCCCUUUCUGUACGCACAGAAGGGCGCACAGGAGGCAUUUGCAUCACAUCUGCUUCACAGCCUUCCCCCACACCCAGCAACGAAAGCACUGACACAGCCUCUGAGAUCGGCAGCGCCUUCAACUCCCCGCUACGCUCACCCGCACGCUCCCAAGCUGCCACGCGUCCAUCCAGUCCAGUCGCAUCCCAUCUGUCUCGUGUUCUGUUUGGAGAAGAUGAGAUGCUCAGACUAGACUCCAGACAUAACCGCGCAGUAAGAGAACUAGGUCCCUCUGUCAGCGCAGCCUUGUUACACCUGCAGGAGGAUGGCAUCAUCUUUGCUCUCCCUCCAUCUGAUUUGGCUGCUGAUGGCACAAAGCGGCCUCACUCUCUUGAGAAGAUAAAAGACCUCUCGGCAGCAGAGAAGGGAGGCGUGAAUGAGGGAGAUGAGGGACCAUCUGUGGAGAUAAAACAAGAGUCGAGCAAGGAUGGAGCAGAGGUGAGGCCUAGCAAGGAAAAGCCCAAUGCUUCGGAAACAACAGCAGACAGCAAGCCCCAUGGGGAUAAGUACUCUCCCAAAGAGCUGCUUGCACUGCUCAAGUGUGUGGAAGCCGACAUUGCCAAUUAUGAGGUGUAUCUAAAGGAGGAAGUAGAAAAGAGAAAGAAGUACAAAAUUGAUGAUCAGAGGAGGACCCAUAAUUACGAUGAGUUCAUCUGCACCUUUAUAUCAAUGCUGGCCCAAGAAGGCAUGUUGGCUAGCCUUGUGGAGCAAAACAUUUCUGUGCGUCGUCGCCAGGGAGUGAGUAUCGGCCGGUUGCACAAACAGAGGAAGCCAGAUCGUAGGAAACGCUCCCGACCGUACAAAGCCAAGCGCCAGUAAUUCAAACAAUCAUAACUUCUGUAAGAAGCUGAGCAAUCACCACAGAGAAAAAGAAAUUGAUGCAAUCCUGAGCUGUUUCUUAACGGCAGUCUAGUGUUGUAUUUUAGUCUGAGCCUCCUCUACUUCAUGAGAUCGACCAUGUGUUUGGUUAGUUCUUAUCAUUUAUGUAUAUAUGUACUUCCAUUUUAGUCACAAUGUAAAUGUUUGUCUUUCUUGUGCCAUUGCUAUUGACUGUUUGUAAAUAUGAAAAAAGGCAUGUGCCCAAUGGUGUGUCAAAUGCUUUUUCAUCUAGCAAAGUAUUCAUUAUUAUUGAAAGACCUCCUCUCCAGUCUUAUGGUCAGUUUAGUAUGUCACCAAAUAUUCAAUUUGGUAACAAUAAGUCGAUACUUCCUCAACCCGUGUUUUUAUGGUGUUCUGACAAAAGAAGGCCAUGUGUUUUAUUCCUCCAUAGCAUUUCAGGUAUAAUCUCUUUACUGUUGGUAAUUCACUUUGUAACAUAAAAAAACAAACAUCUUUUAAUCACACACUUGAAUGUUUUUUCAACAAAGGGUCGCUUGCUGUAUAUGAAUAUCUUUUGAGGUCCUGCAAAUGAGAAACACGCUGUUAUUUUUGUACUUGAAAUGGAUCUCAAAGUGAGUGAUUAUUAAGUUGGAUGUGUGAUCUUGUAUGUUUUUGUACAUAUGUAACCGUUGGUUGGCUUGCCUGUACACUGAGUUCAGUUGUUCUGUGUGCUUGCCAAUUCAUACUACAAUAAAGUCAAUAAAAAUGUCUUGCUAUAA